CAGAGGGGCCCGCCGAGGCGGCGGCGGCGGCGGCAAGAUGGCGGACUUCCUGCCGUCGCGGUCCGUGCUGUCCGUGUGCUUCCCCGGCUGCGUGCUGACGAGCGGCGAGGCCGAGCAGCAGCGCAAGUCCAAGGAGAUCGACAAAUGCCUGUCCCGGGAGAAGACCUACGUGAAGCGGCUCGUGAAGAUCCUGCUGCUGGGUGCGGGCGAGAGCGGCAAGUCCACCUUCCUGAAGCAGAUGCGGAUCAUCCACGGGCAGGACUUCGACCAGCGCGCGCGCGAGGAGUUCCGCCCCACCAUCUACAGCAACGUGAUCAAAGGUAUGAGGGUGCUGGUAGAUGCUCGAGAGAAGCUUCAUAUUCCUUGGGGAGAUAACUCAAACCAACUCCACGGAGACAAGAUGAUGUCAUUUGACACCCGUUCCCCCUUGGUGGCCCAAGGAAUGGUGGAAACUCGAGUUUUUUUACAGUAUCUUCCUGCUAUACGAGCAUUAUGGGCAGACAGCGGCAUACAGAAUGCCUAUGACCGACGUCGAGAAUUUCAACUGGGUGAAUCUGUAAAAUAUUUCCUGGAUAACUUGGAUAAACUUGGAGAACCAGAUUACAUUCCAUCACAACAAGAUAUUCUUCUUGCCAGAAGACCCACCAAAGGCAUUCAUGAGUACGACUUUGAAAUUAAAAAUGUUCCUUUUAAAAUGGUUGAUGUAGGUGGUCAGAGAUCAGAAAGAAAACGUUGGUUUGAAUGCUUCGACAGUGUGACGUCAAUACUUUUCCUUGUUUCUUCAAGUGAGUUUGACCAAGUGCUCAUGGAAGACCGACUGACCAAUCGCCUUACAGAAUCUCUGAACAUUUUUGAAACAAUCGUCAAUAACCGGGUUUUCAGCAAUGUCUCCAUAAUCCUCUUCUUAAACAAGACAGACUUGCUUGAGGAGAAAGUGCAAAUUGUGAGCAUCAAAGACUAUUUCUUAGAAUUUGAAGGGGAUCCCCACUGCUUAAGAGACGUCCAAAAAUUCCUGGUGGAAUGUUUCCGUAACAAACGCCGGGACCAGCAGCAGAAGCCCUUGUACCACCACUUCACCACUGCUAUUAACACGGAGAACAUCCGCCUCGUGUUCCGUGACGUGAAGGAUACUAUUCUUCAUGACAACCUCAAGCAGCUUAUGCUACAGUGACGUACAAAAGACUUGCUGUUUCAAUACCUUUUUGUCUCUGAUUGUUUUCUGUUUUGUUUUGUUUUUUUAAAAUAGUUUACAACAGGAAUUAGAAAAAUCUCGAUUCUGUGUUUAAUUCUUGGAAAUCUUAGUCCUUCUUCUGUGGACUUGGGUUUGUGGCUGAAAAGCUGCUGAAUAACUUUCGUCGCCAGGAUCUGCUGCAGUUCAGGCUCCAGUCUGUGUCACUAGGCUUCCCUUAGAGUGGAGUGGUGAUUCCCUGCCAGCCGCCCCGACGUACAGUUCAGGCUCCAGUCUGUGUCACUAGGCUUCCCUUAGAGUGGAGUGGUGAUUCCCUGCCAACCGCCCCGACGUACAGUUCAGGCUUUAAAUUCUCCCACUUUUCAAACUGAAAUCUCCGGUAGUGCCAAGUACAGAAUGUGUCCUCAUAUAUGUAGGUAUGAGGUUAAGAAUGUUCAGUUCUAAAGUAAGAUACCUUCUGUCUGCCUGACACACAGCAGCAACACUUGUGUCUCGCUUUAUGGUGACCUGUGUUGAAAUGGAAAACGUUUUGAUCUUAGGAAUGACAUUCUAUUGAUUUACAGAUUUAGCCUUCAUGUACUUUUCAUUACUUAACAUUCACAAGUUAUUUUGUUUUUCAGUUUCUGUGGUUUCUAAAGGUAAUGUUUUUAGUGUUUUAAAGUUUACAUAAGGAUUUCUGGUUUGAUGCUAAUGAAAGUUCACAAAUGGUACGGGGGUUGGGGGGGCGAGAGGCAGGCCAGUGCCAUACAUAGUGUUUGAUCCAAGUUACGAGUGAAAUAUACAUGAUUUACCCUUUUCACAUUUAAAUAUCAUGCGAUAAAAGUGCCAGGUGUGAAACACACUGGCCAUAGCAGUAACUAAAAAUUGCAAGCAACUAGAUAACAGAACUUUCUAAAUAAACAUACCCUUUCCAGAAUGUUACGUGUUUUACUCUCAGGCUUUUAAAUCCUGUCUCUCAUGAUUUGGGGCCUUACUGUAGGAAGCCCUUUUGUACCAUUACAAACAUCUUUUUUUUUUUUUUUUUUGCUCUCUUGUCUGUUCCCAUCAACUCAGGUGGUGGCAUUUAUGGGAUUUAUUUUGGUCAUUCGGAGCUUGCUGUAUUUUCAUGUCAACUAUCCGAGGAGGUAUUAUUUCAGAUUCCUACUUAUUCUUGGUAUGUAGCUGAAAAAGCACAGUCUGUGCAUGUUUGUGUCAUUGUUUAUGAAAUUCCAGCUUUAUUGAGGUACAUUUGGAAUGUUUUAAGGAUAUUCCUAAGAAUAAGAGGUCAUUGUUUUUUAAUUAACACCAAAAUACGAUUGCAUUUGACCUCCCUCCAUCACUCACCAAAUGAAAACACCCAUGUGGUAGCUUUGUGAUUGCAAAUACAUUCACAGCGACCUCUUUGGAGUGGCUGGUGUGCAGUCCUGAAAAUACUGGCUUGCUGGCUCAGUGCAGUGUUGGAACUGGGUUAGAGACAGAUGGGCAAGGCUGGGCACAACUUGGCAAGUCUGACCAUUUUUCUUUUGAAAAUUGUUAUUAAGACUGUGAUAUCUGUCACUUUACUGUGUAGCUGACUGGGUUCUCAGGUAUUUUCUUGGCUAGGAAAUUCUUGAAAGGUGGGUCAACAUUAUGGGUCACCCACCAUUUUCAAGACAAUGGCUCUUGGUCUGUAUGGCUAUCUAGUGUGCGAGUAGGGCUCUUCAGUGAGCUAACCAAGAUUGUUUCUGACUUUUCUUGCCUUUGAAGUUCCAUCCACCAUCAUGAUAUCCGUAGUCACUUCCAGUAUUUGAAUGCCUCGGUGACUGAUACAUGACCUCCAGACCUGUCACCCACGUGAUCAUGCAAUUGUCCACGCAUGUCCAAACAGUCCUACAUCUAGUGUUUCUUGCCAAAAAGAGUACUUUGUUUAAAUUCACAGAGUUGGAGUAAUUCCAGUGCCACUGAACAUGUCAAUACGUGCACAGUGACAUUUGGACUUUUUGGUAGAGUCUAUAUGUAAAUUUAGCAGAUAGUUUUAUGGAAUGGCCAAACCAUUAACUCCAGCGAAGGCUGAAGUAAGUUCCCUGUAUGAAGAGGAAACAGUCUGUUUACAUUAUAUUUAAGAUGUGUGAUGUGAACCAUAAAUAUUGCCUGACAAAGCAGAAAUCACCAGUUUCUCCGUGUUGACUACCACCAAGAAAUGUUGAAACACCAAAUAGAUACAGUACUAUUUGGGGCAUUUGUGAUUUCCUUCCCUGGUGUGGGGUGUCUCAGAGCCAACAUUCUUUCAUAGUAAAAUCUGAAAUAUACUUUGAGGUAGUGAAUUACUUUCAUUUACUGACAGGCUUGUUUAGACACUCAGUAGAGCUAUAAAGUUCAAUCUGAAUGCUUUAGUCCAUACUUUUUAUAUACUGUAUGUUUAAAUCAUAUGAAGGAGUCAUUAUACCUAAAUCAUGCAAACCAGGUCCUUUUCAAAUACCAGUAUAUGAAGAUGGAAGUGAUGUUUAGUGAACAAAAUUGAAAGGGUGCUCAUAGUUUUUACUUUGCCAAUUGCCCCUUAAUCUCUCAAAAAAGUGAUUUAAAUGGAAAGUUCUUUUGUGUGUGAGAUUUUCUCUAAGACUACCACGUUAUUAUUUGAAAUAAGAUGUACCUAGUUCUUUUACAUUCUGUCCUUAAAUCUGAAUGUCUUCUUGUUUAAUUCUUUAAAAAUGUCACAAAGUGUCUUCAUUGUCCUUGAAAAUAUUUGUAGUAUACAGAGUUGCCUUAUAAAUUAAAGAACACCACAGAUUUGGGCCUUGAUUUUUAUAUAGGAAAAAGGUUUUGUCAGAUGUUUUCUGAAGAUCCAAAUAAUUCAAGGCGUGCCUCUGCCACUUAAAUAUUAUUUUUAAUAACCUGAAUUGUUGCUUUCUGCCAAAUACUGUAUUAAGUUUAAAUCUUCAUUUCCGUCUCAUUAUCUAGAAAAGGCACUUGAUGGCUAGAGAGCAGCCACAACCCAAGAAGGCAGUGUGGGGGGAAAGGUCAUUUGUUUGGUUUUGUUUUCUUCAGAGUUUCAUUGGCAUGUCUUUUUACAAAGUGAGGGUCCUCUGGUGAAUCUCGUGAGGUGGUUCAGGGAAAGCAGUGGUUGGUUUAAAGUAGAAGGAAAUAAGAUUACCUUAAUACCAAAAAUGACUAGAAGUAUUCAUUUAGAUUUGACAGAAAUCGUAUGUCCUAUCAUUUUUUGUAAGAAGGAAUGAGUAAAUCUUCCAGUGUAUACCCAAAUACUUUUAUUUAUGCUUUUGGUAAAAUGUAUUUUCAGCAUUAGUACACAUAUCCAGUUAUGCCUUAUUUAGAUGAAGAAUCAAGUUACCAAGUUAUGUUCUGAAACUCAAAUCACUGUUUGAGAAGCCCUCAAAUUGGUGCUUUCAUUAUAUAAUGAUACAUUUAGACAAAACCCCAAACCAAGCCAUUUGAAACAAGAUUCUCUCCAUUGCAAUCUGUAGCAAUGUUAUUUCUGUAUAUGUAAUGGGAAGGCUAAAUAUCAGUGUUAACUCAGUUUCUUGUUUGAAUACAUGAAAUCAUGCCUGUAAAAUUCAGUCAAGUAUUUGUAACAAACUCCCUAAUAAAUGUAGAGAAAGUUA